AUGUCUGGGUCCUGGAUACGCAUUUUGGAUGGUAGCAAUUGCGAUGCCCGCGAGAUGCUCCACCUCACCAGCGAUUCUGGGGAAAUGCCGAAGCAAGAAUAUGUGUCCACUUCAAAUGCAAUAAUGCUUAUAUUUGCGUCAUCUCUUGCGGAGCCGGAUGAUCUGUUUGAGGCUUCCUAUAUGAGUGAUGGGUAUAAAUCAACAGAAUAUUUGCCCACUUCGGACACUAUCACGUCCCAACCAUCACAGCCAUCUACUCAGAAGGAUUCGUCCGUGCUAUUGAAACCGGCAAUCAUCGUUGGAAUUAGCCUGCUGGUCAAUGUGAUACGGGCAUUGCCUACAGGAACGUAA